GGUAAAAUAGGCUCGGCCGCACUGGAUCACUUAUUUCUUUUGAACUCAGAAGUAUUUCGCUCAGAAAAACGUGAUUCCAUUCUCUUUUGCCAUUUUCUGAAUUUCAGUAAACGCGCUGUGACUCCAUCUUAUCGUCCUCCUGCUCCAGCCCUCCCGGCCGCGUCUCUAACCACUCUUCUUCUCUCGUUUCCAUGAAUCUCUCGGAGUAGCUCGUUCCGAUUCAUCAGUGUUACAGUACAAUGCCGUCGCAAUUAGCAUCCAGAUCGGAAUCCGGUUCCGAUUUGAAAUCGAAAUCUGAACCUACUUCGAAGUCCAGAUCGCUGCCGAUUGUGCCGCAUGAAAAGGCUGUUUCCGGUCAAAUUGCAGUGCCUCUGGCAGUUUUGGACUCUAAAAUUGGGAGAGAGGAUUGUUUGAGGAGAUCGACGAGGCUCAGUCCAUGUUCUUCUUCAGUGGAUGUUCGUCGGCAGAAUGUGGCUAGAAAUGGCGUUAAUAUAGCUCGUUUUGGUUCUUCUUUGACUGAUUCGAGACUUGAUUUUUUAGUGAAUGAGACUUGCCUGAGGAAGUCACCGAGGCUGCAUCCUGGUAUGGUCAGGGGAAAUGGAAAUGGAACUGUUAAUCUACCUCUAAAAGAAUGCAGGUUGUCGUUGAUGGAUGCUGGUAGUUUGAGAAGGUCGCCGCGAUUGAACGGCUCCGGGAGUGGUAAUGGAGAAAUGGAGUUGUCCAUAGAAACGACGUCGAAGAAGAGGAAGAUCAACGAUUUGAGAAGGUCUGCGACGGAAAUCGCCAAGAUGACGUUAUUCGACUCAAUUAACGGAAACGAGAGGAAGUGCGGCCUCAAUCAGGUAUUCCGGCAAUCCUCGAAGUCUGAACUUCUUGUUGAUGCUGCUACUCUUACUGCUGAAAAGGCUACUAGCCAAUGCUUGACCAAUAAAGCGGGGAAAGAUGAAGUAGAUAAUAAGAUGGAGGGAAUGGAAUUGAAGUUUCUCAGGAGAUCUCCAAGAUUUUCAUCUGAUCGAGUUGAACGUGAAAUUAGAUGUCAUAAACCUUCAUCAAAGAAGCUUUGCUCAAGAAAGCUUGAAUCUCCUAAGGUUGACAGCUUUGAUUCAUUGUCAUUGACAGUUGACAAUGCUGAAAUGGAUUCAUCAAGAAAACUAGAAACAGAAGAAUUAUCUUUCCUAAAGCAAGAAGAGUCCAACGAAGCAACGCUUUCUUUGAUUUUGGAAACUUUAAAUCUCACAGCAGAACUUUCUCACAAGAUAGAAGCCGAAUCAUCGCCUUUCUCACCGUGUAUAAAUCAGGAAGAAGCGCCUAAACUCUUCCGUCGCAACUCUCAUUUCGUCGGUGAGAAGAUUUUAAGAAGGUCUCCUAGGCUUUCCUCAGACGCUAAUUAUAGUUCCAAUGCUGAUUCUUGUAAUGGUUUUGGUAAGAAAAUUGACAAGCCGUUAAGUAAAUUUCCCAGACCUUCAUUAUCUUCGUGUGGAAAUGAGCAAUCCAGGUCAGCGGAUAACCGAACGUCCAUAUUACGUGGGGCUGAAAAUUGUACUGUCAGACAUUCUUCCUCUGAACUUCUAGAGUCAGAUAUAGAAUGUCCUGUGGAGAAAAUUAGGAAUUCUUCUGGUGUUAAAGAGAAAAGGAAUAAAAACAAAGCGGCUUCUUUCUUUGUUGGAGAUCCAGUUCCUGCUGAUGAGGCUCAACAGAGAUGGAAAUGGCGCUAUGAAAUGAAGAGUCAAAUUUCUAAGCGGCAGAGAAUGGCAGAAAGUGAUGAUGAUGAAGAUAUGAUUGUGCAUAAUGUGGAAUGCCAUUAUACUCAUGCUAGUAUUGCAAAUACCAUUAUCAGUCUGGGAGAUUGUGUAUAUGUUAAGGGUGAAGCAGAAAAAAAUCAUGUUGGGACAAUUAUAGAGCUUUUCAAGACAACAGAUGGGGAUAAUUAUUUCAGAGGACAGUGGUUUUAUAGAGUGGAAGAUACAGUUAUCAAGGAAGAGGGUUCUUUUCAUGACAGUAGGCGUUUAUUUUAUUCAACUGUUAUGAAUGACAACCCACUAGAUUGUAUUGUUUCAAAAGUAAAUAUCAAACGAGUAAAACCCAGGGUAGGCCACAGGUCAAACUCUGCACCUUCAUUUGAUUUCUAUUAUGAUAUGGAAUACUGUGUAGACUAUUCGACUUUUCGCACCUUGAAAGAUGAUGAAUCCCUCAAGAACAUCGACACGGCACCAACUACUGGCAUGGAAACUUUUCAUGAAUCAUCGUCAUUGAACUCUUUGGAGAAUAUUCCCAAGAAGGAUAACUUAGAAUUAUUGGAUCUAUACUCCGGAUGUGGGGGUAUGUCAACUGGACUAUGCCUUGGUGCCAAAUAUUCUUCUGUUGGCCUCAUUACGAGAUGGGCAGUUGAUAGCCGCAAAUCUGCAUGUGAGAGCGUGAAACUGAAUCAUCCAGAAACACAUGUCAGAAAUGAAACUGCUGAUGAUUUUCUGGGCCUAUUAAGGGAGUGGGAAAAACUAUGUAAGCGCUAUAAGGUCAAUGAUGAAGAAAAAACGCGACCAUCACGGUCAAAAGUGUCUGAUGAUAAUUUGAAGUCCACCAAGGAGAAACUUCCGACUUCUGAGUAUGAGGUUUCGAGCUUAGUUGACAUUUGUUAUGGUGAUCCAACCGAAACAGGCAAGCGUGGAUUAAAGUUUAUGGUGCAUUGGAAAGGCUAUGGUUCAAGUGAGGAUACAUGGGAACCAGUUGAAGGUUUAAGCAACUGCCAAGAAGCAAUUAAGGAUUUUGUGAAAAGAGGUUUGAGACAGAAAAUUUUGCCACUUCCUGGAGAUGUUGAUGUUAUUUGUGGUGGUCCUCCUUGCCAAGGAAUCAGUGGCUAUAAUCGUUAUAGAAACAUCGACUCUCCUAUGGACGAUGAACGAAAUCGCCAGAUAGUUAUCUUCAUGGAUAUAGUGAAAUUCUUACGGCCUAAAUUUGUAUUGAUGGAAAAUGUGACUGACAUUUUGAGAUUCAAUCAAGCUUCUCUGGGAAGAUAUGCAAUGAGUCGUUUGGUACAUAUGAAUUACCAAGCAAGACUUGGUACAAUAGCUGCUGGAUGUUUCGGUCUUCCACAGUUUCGGUUGCGUGUCUUCCUUUGGGGUGCUCAUCCUAAUGAGAAACUACCUCAAUUUCCACUUCCAACGCAUGAAGUAAUUGUUAGAUAUUGGCCCCCACCAGAGUUUGAGCGAAACACUGUUGCAUAUGAUGAAGGCCAACCCCGUGAACUUGAAAAAGCCGUUCUUCUUCAAGAUGCCAUCUCUGACCUCCCAGCAGUAUUGAAUUCUGAGUCUCGGGAAAAGAUGCCAUAUGAAAAGCCUCCAGAAACAGAAUUUCAAAGAUACAUAAGAUCAUCUCAAUAUGAGAUGACAGGCUGCGAAGCAAACAAUACAGGUACAGAUUCACUAUAUGACCAUCAGCCAUACUUGUUAGGCGAAGACGACUACUUGCGAGUUUGUAACAUUCCAAAGAGAAAGGGGGCAAAUUUCAGGGAUCUUCCUGGUGUAAUUGUGGGAAAUGACAAUGUUGUUCGGCGAGAUCCAGAAAACAAUGUAUUACUACCAUCAGGAAAACCAAUGGUACCACACUAUGCUUUCACUUUUGAACAAGGAAAGUCUAGAAGACCAUUUGGAAGGUUGUGGUGGGAUGAGACAGUGCCCACAGUAGUGACUUUCCCAAGUUAUCACAGCCAGGUAGCAUUACACCCGGAACAAGAUCGAGUACUGACCAUAAGAGAAUAUGCAAGAUUGCAAGGGUUCCCUGACUAUUAUAGAUUCUUUGGGACUGUCAAAGAGAGAUAUCGUCAAGUUGGGAACGCGGUUGCUGUAUCGGUUUCGCGGGCGUUGGGUUAUUCCCUUGGAUUGGCAGUGAGAAGAGUGGGCGGUGAUGAACCAUUGAUGAUACUUCCUCCCAAAUUCUCUCUUUCUAACUACAUUCAAUUCCAAAAACCACCUGAAAAGAAGGAUACUGAUUAGCAUCAUUUGAUCUCUACCUGUUCUUCACUUUCAUUGGUGUUUGUAUUCUUGUUAGAGCACACCCACACUUGAUCUCAAACCUUACUACUACUAGUAGUAGUAGAAGAAUGUAAUUCCCAUUUUUGUUUCAUGUUCUCCCUAACCCUUUAGAGGCGUAUGUUUCGGCGAUAUUCUCAAAUCUCGAGAUGGGUUUGAGAUUCCUAUGUUUAUUGGGCAGGAACGUAAGAUAUUGAAC